CGAUUCUAGGGCGGAUAUCCAGCUGUUGGAAAUCCAAACUCCUCGGUUUUUCUUUGUUGUUUAUGUCAUUUUCAGCCAUUUUCUCUCUGAAUUUGGGGAACGUACCAGCUUUAAUCCACGGGGUGUGGUCGCUAUGCGCGGUAUACACAAGUCUAACAGUUAGAGUUUGGCCAAAUUGACUGUUUCGUCGCGUGUCGUUGUAAAACAGCGAAUUAAAACAUGGAGAAAGUCGAAGGCUACAUAUUCUCAGCUCUGUGCAGCAUCAACUUCUUGGUGUCCUGCCUGCUGUUCUCCAAAGUGACGCGGGAGCAGCGGGAUCCCUACAUGGACGAGAUCUUCCACGUCCCGCAGGCUCAGAGAUACUGCAAGGGGAAAUUCAAAGAGUGGGACCCCAUGAUCACCACCCUCCCUGGCCUCUACCUCGUCUCGGUGGGCAUCAUUAAGCCGAUGACGUGGCUCGCCAAACUGACGGGUAGCGUGGUGUGUUCCACCGCCAUGCUGCGCUUCACCAACCUGCUCUUUAACUGUGGGAACUUCUACGUGCUGUACCUGCUCAUAAGCAAGCUGCACCAUAGGGACAAGACACGGCUGAUGUUACGGCGAAUCCUCUCCGCGGUGUGUCUGUCCACCUUCCCCGUGCUUUACUUCUUCACCUUCCUCUACUACACGGACGCCGGAUCCACCUUCUUCAUCCUCUUCGCGUACCUCAUGACGCUGUACGGCUGCCACAAGGCCUCGGCGCUGCUCGGCGUCUGCGCCGUGCUCUUCCGCCAGACCAACAUCGUAUGGGUGGCGUUUUGCGCCGGCACAGUGGUGGCCGCCAAGAUGGACGACGUCUGGAGGAUGGAGUACACGAAGAAGAGGGACGAGAAGCCCCCCGCCGUCCGGGUGCCUCUGUCGUCUCAAGGAGUGAAGAAAGUGAUUACGUUCUCCUUGGACUUCUUCACCUCGCCUGAAACCGUGAAGGAGGUGAUGCAGGUGACCUGGCCUUAUGCCGUGGUGGCAGCAGGUUUCCUGCUGUUCGUGUUGUUGAACGAGGGGAUAGUGGUGGGUGACAGGAUGAGCCACCAAGUCUGCUUCAACUUCCCUCAGGUCUUCUACUUUUUCUCCUUCACCUACUUUUUCUCCCUCCCGGUGUCGCUGUGCCUCCAUCGAACCCUCCGCUUCAGGAACUCCCUGAAGAGGCAUCCUUUGUUCUUCUCUGUCAUCACCAUCGUCUCCUUGCUUCUGGUUUGGAAGUUCACUUACGUCCACAAGUACCUCCUGGCUGAUAACCGCCAUUUCCCCUUCUACAUCUGGAAAAACAUCUACCAGAGGCACAAGCUGAUCCGCUUCCUGCUCGUCCCGGCUUACAUUUUCACCGGGUGGAACUUCCUAGAGACCUUAAAGUCCCGCUCUUUCUUUCUGAGCCUGGCCUACCUGACGUGUCUCGUCUUAGCCACGAUUCCCCAGGAGCUCCUGGAGUUCAGGUACUUCAUCGUCCCGUACCUGAUGUACCGUCUCCACAUGCCACUCCCGACUUUUUCACGGCUCGUCGGCGAGUUCCUGCUGUACACGGUCGUGAACGUUGCCACCAUUUACCUGUUCAUCGCCAAGAGCUUCUCCUGGCCGCUGAGCCUGGCCACGCAGAGGUUCAUGUGGUGAGGAGGCAUCUGGAACCAGAAAAACCAGCAAAUGGUUACCAGUAUCGGGCAUUAGAAACUCAAUAAAAAUCAAUCAGUUCGAUCAAAAAUUGUACGGCCACAUUUCUGAGCCUCAUUUCAAGAAAAGCUGACUGACGUCAACAGAGACUAUUGUGAAAAUAUUGUUGCUGUAGUCUGGGAGAAUAUGUUCCAUCUGGAGAAGCUUUUUCUGGCUGCUUUUUUAUAGUGAAAUUUGUGCAUUCCCUUCUUUCCUUUACUGUAAAUGGCAGAAGUGAAGCCCAUUAAGCAAGUUUCCUGAACAGUAUUUAAAAUUUCAGAAUCUUAAAAAGCAGUGAAUGUAUCAUAGAUCAAAAACAACGCCUUAGAGAAUCUGUAUUUAGAAUACGAUAAUCCAGUCCAAAUUUGAUAAGAUUCUGAGAUAUAGCUAAUCUAAAUGUAUCCAGAUGUCAGCAAAAGCAUGAAAUAUCCCUGCCAAAUCAGACACCAACUUCAGCGUUGUAUAGUGUCACAAUGGUACCGAAAAUACAACUCAAAUAUUGGGAAAUAUUUUGUACUCCAAUAUUCAUUUGAGACUUGAGAAGUUUGGAGUUUCGAAGUAGAAAACAAAUAGGAAUACUGUCGAAGGAAACUCUGCUAACUUGAGCUGUAAAUUUGAUAAUUGCUGGUUAUUUCUCACAUUCACCAUACCGUCCUUUUUUUGUUUUGUUUUUAGGUGUUUUCAGGCACAAAAUGAAGCCAUGUGGUGUUUCUUAGCAACCAUUUGUCGGAUCCCUGACUGGAACCCUUUUGUACUCGUUUACGCAGCAGAUGAACUGAAGUCCUUUGUGUGUUCCACCACAUAGUUUGGUAGCCGAUAUCCAGUCGUAUUAAAGAUAAGGUGGGUAGAAUAACACAGCGCUGCUCAUUUCCAAGUUGUUGCUGCGCACUGCAGGGUCAGCUGGCAGAAAGAAGAUUCCUACUUCAACCAAGAAAGAAAUUCUGCUGUGUAAAUCUACAUUCAGUCACAGAACUAUAUGUCUUAAAUGAUACUUGCUCCUUUUCUGUUCUCGUUUAGGAUUCUACUGUAGUUUGUUAGUGGUGGUAAAAUAUGGGUACGAAUUAGUGAAGCGGUGAAGUGAUCUGAAGCCGAAUAGAGAGACCAAAAAUUUCUUCUUUUCUUUUUUUUUUUGCCAAACAAAGAACACUGAUGUUCAAAACUUUACGUUAGCGGGACUGCUAGCUUGAUUCCACGAGGGUAGAAAUGGUUUCCAUAACUACCUUAGUUCUUACUUUAUCAAAAGCCAUGAAUAUCCACUGGAGCUAAACAAUAUAUCUAUCCAGGGUCGUGUGUUUAGUUGAGUUUUUUUUUGGUACUUUGAUGUUUUUGUCUUUGCUAAUUUGCAUACAUGUGAUUAGCUUUGCUAGUUCCGGUUUUACCCAGCGUCUGUCUGCGAUAGAAUAUACCUGAUGUCGUUUUUCUACCUCUCUUUCUAGUCAGUUUAGCUUUGUAGACCCGCACAGCAGCAUGCAAGGGUUUCGGUAGAAACACCUGCUUCAAGAUCAGUUCGCCAUCUUUCCGAACGGUGCUGCUUCCACUUGUCUGGUAUUGUACAACUUAACUCUGGUUCACGUUGUUUUGAAACGCUGUUUUCUCUGGAUCUUUCUGUGUCCAGUUACGUUCCAGCCAUUCCUUCCCAUUUUGAUAAAACUUUGAAUAAAACGUGUUACAACAAAACAAA